AUGCUGGUCUAUGUCGAUGAUAUUGUCAUUGCCAGCUCGUGCCCUCAUGCUGCGGAUCGUCUCCUUCAGCAACUUCAGGCUACGUUCCCGAUCAAGGAUCUUGGCCCUCUUCGGUAUUUCCUCGGGAUUGAAGCGACAUCCACUUCAGGGGGAAUGCAUCUGUGUCAACAGAAGUAUGCCAUGGACUUGCUUCACCGUGCGCACAUGGAAAACUGUCGUCCCGUCUCCACUCCUAUGUCAGUACAAGAUCCGCUUGCACGGGAUGUUGGCACUGCACUCCAGGGCGAUGAUGUUUUCCGCUAUCGGAGUAUGGUUGGAGGACUUCAGUAUCUAACCAUGACACGGCCUGACAUCUCAUUUGCGGUGAACAAGGUAUGUCAAUACUUGGCUGCCCCGACCGACUCACAUUGGGAUGCCGUCAAGCGAAUAUUGCGCAACGUCAAGGGCACUGCAGCAACUGGAAUCAAUGUUCGUCGCUCCGGUUCUACUCUUCUCAGUGUGUUCACCGACGCAGAUUGGGCGGGCUGCGCGGAUGAUCGACGCUCCACCGGCGGUCAUGUUGUGUUCUUUGGUCCCAGCUUAAUCUCCUGGAGUGCUCGGAAACAGCCUACUGUCUCGCGAUCUAGUACAGAGGCAGAAUACAAGGCACUCGCAAAUGGAGCUGCCGAAGUGACUUAG